AAUUUUUUGUUGAAAAACCAGAUGGCGUAGUUGUGAAAACAUGGACGGAAAAUAAUAAAACCAAGGAUUCUUAUCUUAAGAUUUCAUUUCGACUUUCGUUAACGUGACUGUGAGAAGGAAGUAUCAUGCGUUUAUUUAUUGUGUUAUCGAGUGUCUUUGCUGUUGGACUAUGUGUAGGGGGUUACAUGAAGCAAGAUCCAACCGAUCAGCAAUGGUGUGAAAGUUUGGCAACUCUGAGUAGACAUGUCAACUCUCUUUCUUUCGAGAAUGGCUGUCCGCAGAUUGUGUCUGUGUACACGCAGGUUGUUUCUGGGAUGAACUACAUUAUCAAGUACAAGGAUGGCGACAAUAUUUGCACCCUGAAGUAUUAUGUGAAAUUAUGGGAUAAUACAUACACAGUGAAUGGUCACAUUUGUGCCGUGCCUGCUAGGCAACUAGACCAGACCCAUGCCAUGCCAGGUGGUAAUAUGGAUCAGGACCCCACAGACCCGAUGUACACAGACUUGCUCUUCAACUUCACUGAUAAGGGCCUUUUGAACCAGGCCUCAAUGAACGGCCUCCUCAUCACAAAGGUCCAGUCUCAGGUUGUUGCUGGUGUGAUCUACAAGUACACAAUCCAGAUGGGAUCCAAUGUGUGCCACUUGUCAUUGUUCGAGCAGUCAUGGACAGACACUUUCGAGGUGUCAACCGACACCUGCCACCUGGCCUCAGCCCCGAAACGCCAACUUGGGGGUGGCUGGACCAGUCAAGACGCUACUGAACAGCAAUAUGCUGACCUCCUGGCUAAUUUCAACACCAAAGGUCUCCUUGGUGAUUUCCAGACCUGCAAGAUUAUUUCUGUAGAUUCCCAGGUUGUUUCUGGCAUGAACUACAAGUACCAUCUGAACUGUGCUGGGCAUAACUGCCACCUGCAGCUGUAUGUUCAAUCAUGGACAGGUGUAUACACCGUGCACACAGACACCUGCACAGCUCACAAAGUCCGCCAGCUAGGAGGUUGGCAUCCGGUCACAGACACAAACCUCGCUGGGUACCAGGAAUGUAUUAAGGCCACUGUUGAAGGAAUUAAUUCUCAGUCAAAUAGCAUGUACCGUAUGGUGGAAAGCAAUGUACAUGCCAAGUACCAGGUGGUUUCUGGUAUGAAAUAUGACAUCACUGUGACAGCUGUAAUGUCAACAUGUAUGAACAAUGCUGACAGCGUGGGCAAACUUCUUGCUGACUGCCCAAUGCAGGCCGCAAACAUGUUGGCCCAAUCUACUUGGCAUGCUGUUUGUGGGUACCAGGCCUGGAAUAACCCAGCUCUCAACUUUAUUACUCCACCAGAGAUGAUGGAUGCACAAAACCCAAAAGAUAAUGGGCCUGCUUAUGAUGUCAACAUGAGUAAAAACAAAGGAACUGUAAUUAGCCUUAAGAAAAUCCCUGACAGUUCCAUUCCAUUGCUUAAGACAGUUGCCAAAAGUUUAGCCCAGAACCUGCAUGAUGGAAAGUAUCUAGCUGAGGACGGGCAUGACCAGCAAAUCCAUGGGAAAACUCUGCUAGGCCGGGACAGGCAUGACUAUGUAACACACAUGGAUAAAUCUGAAAAUAGAGUCAAUGUAGAACAACUAAAGGGAACAGGGCGGAAGUUAUUAGCCAUUGAUGACUUUUUGGAUAAAGCAAAGGACAUACUUGGUGGCGGUGAUGAUAAUGAUGUGAUAAAUCAUGUCAAGGAUUUGAUUGAACAGAAUGGACCUGAACUUGUUAGAGUUGGCGUGGACCAUUUACUUCAGGGGGAUGAAAAUGAACUUGUUAACAAUUUAAAAGACAUGCUUGGUAAAGAUGGUCAUGACUUAUUCAACCAUGGAAAAAAUAUUGGUCAAAUAAUAUUGGGAGGUGAUGACCAUGAUAAAGUUCCCCAUGGAAAUGGACUCCUAGGUGGAGAUGACCAUGACAAAGUUCCCCAUGGCACCAAAAUGCUGGGUGGAGAUGACCAUGAUAAAGUUCCCCAUGGAAAUGGACUCCUAGGUGGAGAUGACCAUGAUAAAGUUCCCCAUGGCACCAAAAUGCUGGGUGGAGAUGACCAUGAUAAAGUUCCCCAUGGCACCAAAAUGCUGGGUGGGGAUGACCAUGAUAAGGUUCCUCAUGGAAAUGGACUCCUAGGUGGAGAUGACCAUGAUAAAGUUCCCCAUGGCACGAAAAUGCUGGGUGGAGAUGACCAUGAUAAAGUUCCCCAUGGCACCAAAAUGCUUGGUGGAGAUGACAAUGAUAAAGUUACCCAUGGCACCAAAAUGAUGGGCGGAGAUGACCAUGAUAAGGUUCCUCAUGGCAACAAAAUGCUGGGCGGAGAUGACCAUGAUAAAGUUCCCCAUGGCACCAAAAUGCUUGGUGGGGGUGACCAUGAUAAAGUUCCCCAUGGCACCAAAAUGCUGGGUGGUGAUGACCAUGAUAAAGUUUCCCAUGGCACCAAAAUGCUGGGUGGUGAUGACCAUGAUAAAGUUUCCCAUGGCACCAAAAUGCUGGGUGGUGAUGACCAUGAUAAAGUUUCCCAUGGCACCAAAAUGCUAGGUGGGGAUGACCAUGAUAAAGUUCCGCAUGGCACCAAAAUGCUGGGUGGGGACGGACAUGAUGAUUGCCACAUUGGAAUGUUCAAAGACUUCAAGAAGCAGUUCAAUAAAUUAUAUGGAUCACAGAAAGAGGAGGAGAAGCGUUACCAGGUGUUCUGUGACAACAUGCGUGCAGCGAGGAAACUGCAGCAAACUGAAAAGGGGUCUGCUAGAUACGGGGCCACCAAGUUUGCUGACCUCACUAAGGAGGAAUUUAAGCGUCACGUGGGCAAGCGGUGGGACACAGGGGCCAACUGGUGGAUGAAGAAGGCUGAAAUCCCAGGCGGUCCAGUCCCCGACUCCUUCGACUGGCGUGAUCAUGGAGCUGUCACACCCGUCAAAAACCAGGGUUCAUGUGGCAGUUGCUGGGCCUUCUCUACUACUGGAAACAUCGAGGGACAGUGGGCCAUAAAGAAAAGGAAGCUUGUUUCCCUCUCUGAACAAGAGUUGGUGGACUGUGACAAAGUGGAUGAAGGGUGUAACGGCGGGCUGCCCUCCAAUGCCUACAAGGAAAUUGAACGACUUGGUGGUCUUGAGACAGAGACAGACUACAAGUACGAGGGCCAUGAUGAGAGCUGCCACUUUAAUCGCUCCGACGUGCGUGUCUACAUCAACGACUCUGUGUCUAUCUCCUCCAAUGAGACAGAAAUGGCGGCCUGGUUGGCCAAGAAUGGACCAAUCUCAAUUGGCAUAAAUGCCUUUGCUAUGCAAUUUUACAUGGGAGGUAUAUCUCACCCCUGGAAGAUCUUCUGCAACCCGGGAAGCUUGGACCAUGGAGUGUUGAUUGUAGGAUACGGUGUCCAUGAGAGUGAAUGGUAUUGGAUUGUGAAGAACAGCUGGGGACCGGAUUGGGGGGAGAAGGGCUACUACCUUGUGUACCGUGGAGGCGGAGUCUGUGGCCUUAACACCAUGUGCACUUCCGCAGUUGUUGGCUAACUUGGUCACUUCCGCUUGAAUACAACUGUUUGAAUUAACAAUAUGUGGAUGAAAGUCUGUACUGUAUCUUGUAGAUUUGAACUCCUGUCGACUUAAUACACAUUGCUUUUUUAAUCACAUAUCUAUGUCGAGAUCAAAAUUACUCAUAUAACUUGAACAUUGCAUUUUUUUACGAUAAGUGUACUGAAUUGAAGAAAUAACUUAAUAGAUCUGAAAAUGUGGUUGUAUGCUCAGGUUGAAGGUUUUGUUUUGAUAUUAUUUUGUAAUUUUUUUGAAAGAGACUAUUUUUAUAUCCUGUUACUAUCCGUGUAUAUAGAAUGGUUGUAUCUCUGAUUUGACUCCUUGAAAAUUGCUGUGAUAAAGUGUUUGUUAUAAAUUUUGAUAUCUUUUUUUUAUGUAGACAAAACAAAUAUGUUCAUUCAGACUUCAGCAACCUUAACAUCUCCCAUUAUAAGUUUAGCAGUUUCAAAUCUUUGUUAAUGAUUCACAUGGGUUAAAUAAUAACAGCUAUUUGCACAUUAAAUAUUUCUGCUUUAUACAUGUAUAAAUUGUGGAAAAUGUUUUCACUUAACAAUUUGUACUUUGUUGAUCAAAACUGGAAUGUAAUAUCAGUUUAACUAUUUUUCAUUUUAAAGACUGAAAAAGAACAUAUGCAAUUUAUAAUGUUUUUCACUGUUGCUUCUAUUCCUCAUGCAUUGUUUCAUUUGUUUAAAGAGAGUUGGUCAAGUUUAAGUUUAAAAUGUUCUCUUUUACUAGUGUUGAUACAAAGCUGCGAAAAAAGUUGACAAUUUACGAUUUAUUUUGUUGUUUAUUACUGUAUAUACCUGGCUGGCCAGAAAUACAAACCCCAUCUUAUCAACAACCUAACAAAGAAAAGUUUGCUUAUCAUGAUUAAAUUUCUUUCAACAAAAUGUAAGUUCUGGGUAUACCGGUACUAGAAUCUAGUUUGACAUUUGAUUGCUGCGAUGAAAGGGUUUUAUAUUUCAGUCAGAAGAUAAUGAAUAAUUUUAAGAUCGUCAGCAAUUGAAAUGUCUUGUACAGUCGUUGAUAAGAUAACUAAAUGCUGAUUUUUUCCCCCUUAGAUUCUUGACUGUUCAUUUUGCAUAUAAUCUUUUGUGUAACACUGACUAAUCACAUUCCUGUUCCAUCACUCUGUAUUCUAUUGCAAUAAACUGCUUUCAAAAUAUCA